UCAAUGGCUUAAUGCCAAGGCCACUGUUUAGUUAUUUAGUUAACAAGCAAUGUGGGCUAUGAUUCUGAGCCAGGCUAGCUUUAACUCCCAAUUUACUAGAGAAAAUAUAGAGGACAUAAUCUUAAUUGUAGUUAGCUGCAGCCCUUGUCCCUCUCUGGUUUUGUCACAUGGAAUAUAUUAGAUAGCACUGAGUGUAUUUUGCCAGACCUUAAGGAAUAUGUUUGUGUGUGUGCCUGAGAGGGAGGGAGAGAGAGAGAAAGAGAGAGAGUGUGUGAAAGCUGCUGCAUGUGAAGCUAUACAGACUGAACAUGGUAUUGUGGUGUGUUUGCUGUAAUUUGUUAACAGUAUGAAUCCCUUACCAUGAAGUGGCAUCGUGCCUAUUGAAGCAGCACUGUCAUGCAGACGUGUGGAAGGACAGUGCGCAGAGCAGUAUCUCAGAUGUAGAAAUGAUCAGUGAUAACAGCGUUGUGUUUCCUCUGCUUCUUUUCAUCUCUGUGGAGUCUGGCUGCUGCUGUGUGGAAGUCGCAGCUCUCUGUGUCUUUUGUGUCUCUGAGACAUCACUGUUCAGUGUGUGUGAGAGGGUGCGUGUAGCGCCGUUCUGCAGUGUGUGUGAUGUCUUCAGAGCUGCUGGUAGAUUUGGGCGAAGACCCUGCGACUGCACAGUUGGGACAGCUGAAGCUAGCCACGAUAGAAGACCAGCAGUGGCCUGCUGAUGAGUCUACUCUCAGCAAGUCAGAGACAGACAUCUCCCAGCGCUUCGAUGGCGGCUCUCCUCAUCUGCCCUGGGACCAUCCUUUCUAUGACAUCGCCAGGCAUCAGAUCAUUGAAGUGGCAGGUGAUGACAACUUUGGCAGGAAGGUGAUAGUGUUUAAUGCCUGCAGGAUGCCCCCACAGCACCAGCUGGACCAUCACAAGCUGCUGAUGUAUCUUAAAGGAACACUGGAUCAGUAUGUGGAAAGUGACUACACUCUGAUCUAUUUUCAUCACGGGCUGACCAGUGAAAACAAGCCGUCUCUCAGCUGGCUACGAGAUGCAUACAGGGAGUUUGACAGAAAGUAUAAGAAGAACAUCAAGGCUCUGUACAUCGUCCAUCCCACCAUGUUCAUCAAGACUCUGCUGAUCCUCUUUAAACCAAUCAUCAGUUUUAAGUUUGGCAGGAAGAUCAACUAUGUGAGCUAUCUGAGUGAGCUGGAGGACGUGGUGAAGUGUGAGCAGCUGCUCAUUCCUGCCCGUGUCAGAGAGUACGACAACAAGUUGAGAGCGUCCCUGAAACCGACCGCCCAGCCUCCCAUGUCUCCUCCUCGCAGCCCUCCACUCCCCAACCAGGUGUUUGGGGUGCCACUUACACUGCUCAGACAGAGGAGUCCAGAUGGUGAUCCAGUUCCUGUGGUGAUGAGAGACACAAUUUGCUUCCUUUCAGAGCAAGGUUUGGAGAUCGAGGGGAUCUUCAGACGGUCCGCCAACGUUACUCUGGUGAAGGAGGUCCAGCUCAAAUACAACUCUGGUGCAACAGUGGAUUUCAGAGAGAUAGAAGACGUCCACUUGGCUGCUGUGAUUCUGAAAACAUUCCUGAGGGAACUCCCCGAGCCUCUUCUGACCUACCAGCUCUACAAUGACAUCGUCAACUUCACCUCUGUAUCCAGUGACAGCCAGGCGACAGCUAUGAAGACUCUGGUGGAAUCACUGCCAGAGGAAAACUACGCAUCACUGCGGUACCUCAUCACAUUCCUGGCACAGGUAUCAGCCAACAGUGAGGUGAAUAAGAUGACCAACAGUAACCUGGCUGUGGUGUUCGGUCCCAACCUGCUCUGGGGGCGGGACAACGCCAUGUCACUGAGCGCCAUCGGGCCAAUCAACAACUUCACCAGAACCCUGCUGGACCAGCAGCAUCUGAUCUUUACCUAAACCCGCCAACACCACUGUGACCCUCCUUGUCAUACAGCACUUAGUCUUUAAUUCAGCCCAGCUACUGACCAAUCAGGAGCUUCGUCAGGGUACUUCUCUACCAACAGCGCUCAGGCCUGGUCCAUACGUACAUAGGUAUUUCACAGAAAUCUCUGACAACAUGAAAACACACUAUCAAGAACUGUCCUGGGUAAGCCAAAUAAAAAGGCAGUGUUAUAACCUUAACCAUAAAGCCAUGUUAGCCAAUCAGAAGCCUGUAAAAAAAAAAAAAAAAGAAAGAAAAAGAAAAGAAAAAAAGACCAAACUCUUUGUUUUCCCUGUCUACACAACACUGAAAUCAGAGUUUCUGAAAGAGAAAAAGCUAUUUAAAAAACAUACCUGUGUAUGUGUGGACAGGGCCUUAGACAAGCCAACCUCAUCUACUUCUCAAUUAAAAUACCAUAGACUUUAAAAAGAUCCAAUGGACCAAUUACAUUUCAGUUUCAGUCUUUCCAGUCUCAUUGGCCCAUUAGCAGUCGUCUUGUUAUGUGAACUGGUCUGGAUUACUGCCAGCUUCUGGCCCCCAUUUCCAGUCUUUGUGAAUGGAAAUGGCGCAUACAUUCGACCGCAGCCAAAUAACCCUCAAUUAACAACUCAUAGCACAAAAUUCAACACCUAAUAAGUAGGUGACUUACCGUCUAUUUACAGAGUCAUGUUACCGUGGAGACCAAAGGCACAGAUUUAACCCCUGUUGAUGGAGGCAGAGGCUGCUCAGGUGUUGCUUUUUGUGAUUUUUUUGACGAGUCAACAGAGCUGCCUACCAAGUUGUAAUAAUGUAGCAGAUAUUCUGACUUUCAGUCCCUUCUGUCAAGCUCCAAAACACUGAAUCCUACUUUAUAUUUCCAGUAAUGCAGCUUAAGGGAGUCUUUCAUCAGACCCUCCAUACCAAGUAAACCUGGUCUCUCAAACUCCAUGACCCCAGUUUAUCACACAGGCAUUCAUUUUAAAUGUGAUUAUUGAUUUAGAAGAACUGAACUUCACUUAGAAAAAUGGUAAUAUUUCCUCAGCAUGUGAUUGAUGCUUGUUGUUGCAGGUUAGCACAUUAUUAGUGCUGUAACAUAAUCACAGAGUAUCUGUUACCUACAGUGGCAUGGAAAACUGAGUGAAAUCCUACCUAGUUACCUGCAGUAAUUAAUCAUAAAAUAUGAUCUGACCUUCAUCUUAGUCAGACACAAACAUUUACCACUAUAUGUUGUCCAAGCAGCUAUAGCAGUGGUGUUCAAGUAUAUACAGUAGCUAGGUCCAGGCCAGUGCUGUUCAUGGGUGUGCUUCUGGUGUGCAGAGUCACCGGGAAGAUGAUUUAAAUGCGUUUAGGUCUUGUCAACAUAUACAACAUGUGAAAAAAAUUUGUUGACAGAUACAGUUCUUGUUCAAGAAAUGAACACUACGAUUUGUGUGUUAUUAGUUAAAAUACAUUGGAUUUGUUGAUAAUUGUAACUUAAAUGAAGAUCUGAUCAUAUUUUAAUACACAUUUACAGUUAAAUGCAGGCAAUUCCAAAGGCUUCACUUUUUCUUGCCACUGUUUGACAUUGCUGAAUCUACCAGCCAACCAACCAUUCACAAAUUCCAGUCCUGAUUGCAUGUGUUCAUACUUGUAUUUAAGUGUGUCUCAGGCCUGACCUGAAGCCUGAACACAGCCUGGUUCAUUAUGAUUAAUAGAGUCCUCUUCUGUAUAUAUGUGCUGUGCUGUCAGUCUGUCUGCCUCUGUCUGUGUAGUGCCACAAAAUGGGUGGUUAUACAUAAUGUAGAUUAACUAUACAGGUAAUGAGACUGAAUGAGAUUGAGGAGAAUGGAGGGGGUGAGUUUGUGUUUCUAUGAAAGUCUCAGGUUAACUUAGAACUGGUGAACUUGGUACCAAACGUCGCGGACAAUCUCUGAAAUGCUGUAAUUCUAUGAUGCAGUGGAAUAGAUGCUGCGUGAGUCUACCAGCAGAUCAUUAAGCUGUGCAUGUGGAUGAAACGAGUGCUGGACCUGGAUGUGGUUUUGGUGUCUGAGGACUCUACCGUACUAUAUCCAGUUGUACGAUUCUUUCUCGCUCUCUCCUUAUUAUAUUUGACUUUCAUAUUGUACUGAUAUUAUUAACAUUUCUACACUUUUCCCCCGUCACCACAUUAUAACUGACUAACCUCUGUUGUCAUUAUAGUAACUGAUUCAGACAUGUCUUAUCAUAGUGGUUUUUUUAAUGGUACGUGAUAAACAGCUAUACAGUGAAAUGUAAUAUUCAGUAGCACAGAAACCCCAGUUCAGCAUGUUAUUACCAUCAGUCCUUGACUAGUGAAGGGCCUUUAUUUACCUCAGCGGCAGAGAGAACCAAGUCUAUGUUUAGAUUUUCAUGACUAUAUUCCACCUGUCCAACAACAGUGUCAUACUCGUCAUACAGUUUUCAUCCACUAAUUAAUUGCCGUCUUUCUCUGAGUGAAAUAUUUUACUUCCAGUCUCUCCUAUAUUGGAAGUCUUCCUUGAUGGGGAAACAGGUGAAUAAAAGUAGUGUGUAGAGAGCAGCUGUGUGCUGGAUAUGACACUAUGCACUGUGUGGGUUUAGUGACAAAGAUUUGGAUUUGUCAUCAGUCUACAUCACAAAACAGAGACACAGCAACAUAGAACAAUCCCUGCUAACUGAGACAGUGUAGAUUUAACCUACUUAAAUUCUUGUGUUAUGGAAAAACCAGGGUAGUAGAUCUUUACCCCCUCCCUCCUCCUCCCUCCUCCCUAUAGUGUCCUUUGGUAUAAAGAACCACAUGUAGCAUUGGGUGUUGAAGUUUAAAGCAUUUUUAAACCCUAAGCUGCCACACGUAGUGCUCCUGGUUGUCGUGAGAUGACUUGAAACAGGCUCGUGCACUUGAUACUCUGACAGCUGGAGUGUGGGUUAGUGUUGCAGUCUUUGUCUUUGGUAGUUCCAGUCCAUUUGUUGCCAUCUUUAGUCACCUCUGUGAAUAAAGAUGGCAACACAUCAUUUAUUUAUUUUGAUUCCUCCCUUCACACAGCACAGGAUAUCCUCUAAAUAAUUUAAAUUACUGAUACUGUUGUGAUGUGAGUUAUUUAUAUUGUCAGUUGCCUUAUAUUUUAGUUGAUGGAGUUUGUCACAGUCAUAUGAUGGUCUGUGGGUGUCUGUCCUGUCUUCAUGGUUCAGGGUCUUCUGGUCUGUUAGUGACACAUAAUCCAGGGUUUUCUAACCAAACAGGUCUGACUGGCUCGUCCUGCUGCUGCAUCACCACGGCUACAGUCAUUUUAAGUAUUGGUCAUCCAUUAAUUGAGUAUUAAUCUAGAAGCUAGAGCGGUUAACUGAGACUAACGUCAGAAUCCAGUAUUCUCUGUAGCCACCAUGUCUGGAGCAGCAGGACUGUGGAGAGAAUGCAGCAGGAGAUGAAUUAGCAGAAAGUUCAGAUGAAGAUAUUUCUAGUGUAAUGUGACUGUAACUCAGACACUGGAAUCAGGUCUUUAAUCCCAUGAUUACUGGUCAGAACCCGCCUUUGAUUCGUGACUUGGACUUAGCACAAAGAUUAAA